AUGUCAUGUGACAGAGCAUAUGAUCGAUUCUGCAAUCUGCAGAUGGCAGUCAGCAAGUGGGUGACGAUGAAGUCGUUUUUGUUGUUAUUUGUGAGUGUAGUACUUGUUUUUGGAAAUGAACAUGUUCCUGUUCUUGUAUGGGAAGCAAAAGGUAGUGUUAGUAGGCAAAUACCAGAUUUGCCAUCACUAUCGAAGUUAAGUAGCGAGGAAUUCUCUGACUUUUUUAUCAAGAAAUUGUCAGGAGAGGCAGGCCCUCAGCCUCUUAUUGCCGUCUUCGUCGAAGAAAAUUUAAGCGUUGAAGACUUCAGCUGGCAAGAUGCUGAAGGACACAUUGGAUUUCCUCAUCUAGAGAAUCUGACCAGCGCUGCUAAGCGGGUUGAAUUCUUUCCGUCUGUGCAUGCCCCUUUGAAAGGUUUGAAACGUUUGGGAUAUCGUUGGCAAACAUUGCAAGUAGAAGAUCAGGAAAACGAUUUAUCUUUACCAUCUGAGGGGGGUGUAGUAUUAAUUGUAAAAUUGGGAGAUGCAAGAAUCGAUGAAGAUAGACCUGAAUUUUUGAAGAGGCACGAUUAUGUCAUCAGUGAAAUAUACAAUGAUUUAGUAGCAAAAAAUAAAGACGUUAUUGCUCUGUACACUUCUCGUCACUCAUCAUGGGUAGAGCCUGCAUAUGAACCAUUGGUACGAAGAGUAAGAAGUGCUCCUGACCUUGAUGAGAAUGCUAUUAUGUGGAACGAUACAGACAUUAUCUUCUAUACUACAGUGACACCUGUAUUUAUACCAAACACAAAAGAUCCAACAAAAUUUAUAAAUAUCUCAAAACCUAUGUGUACAAGAGAUGUACGCGCUGCCAGUAAAUCACUAAAAUGUAAAUUUGAUAACAAUAAUUAUCGCCUUGAAUUCCGUUUUACAACAGUGAAUAAAUAUUGGUAUCUUAAUAUUUAUAUUACAGAUAUGGGUAGUAAUGGUACAUUGCUUUCUACAGACACAGAAAUUUAUGCUCCUGAAGGGUUUUCAUAUCACUGUAGUCAAAACGUUACAUUUAAAAAUGACACAGUGUUAUUGGUCCUAAGGAAUUUUCAAAUACAACCAGACAGCAAAGGUACAUUUGAUGAUGCUUAUGAUUGUGUUUGGUUCUUCACUGUUCCCAUUUGGUCGGGUUUAUUGGUUACCACUAUCCUUGUCAUUAUUCUAAUGAUGGGGCUUGCAGCACUAAUGGACAUCAACACAAUGGAUCGUUUUGAUGAUCCAAAAGGAAAACCUAUUAAUAUUAAUGUAUCAGAAUAAUUAAUUUUCUGAGAAAGUAAGGGUUUUUUUUUGGAGUAUUAGUAGAAAAACAAUAGUAAUGAUACAUUUAGUUGUAAAGAAUGAUGUGUAUUAUUUUCUUUUUUUGUUUUUUGAGAAGAAAAUGAAGUAAUUUGUUAGUGAGUGUGUAUGUACUACAUGGUACAUGGUGUCAGUUAAAACAUAGUGGGUUUAAUGGUUCCUUCCUUUCAAUUUGUAAAAGAUGCAAUGCUUGUACUUAGAAACCAAUUUAAACUUUUUUCUUUGUGAAAAUCAAAUUUUUUGAAAUUUCUUCCAUUUAGUAAAAUUAUUUGCCUUUGUCACAUUUUAUGAAGUUAGUAACGAAUUCUGUUGGGCUUUAUUUUUCAAUUCUUUGGUGGUAAGUUGUGAGUGAUAUAGAUUUGAUACUGAAACAAUACAAAUAUUGUAUUGAUCUUUAUCAAUAUUUAAUUUUACGUUGUCAUUUGCUUUUAUUAAGCAUUCCUUUCUUGUUUUCUAUUUUAUGGUUGUGAAUUUGGUGAAGUACUGUCAGUUUCAAUGAUUUAUGAGUUUUUGGAAAAUUUGAAGACAAUUUGUAAUUUAUAUUUUUAAAGUUAAUUCUGUGAAUGAAUUAUUAUUAUUUGUUCAUUACAGUAAUGCAAAUGCGAAAAGAGAAGUAAUAAGAUUAAAUUGGGUGACAUGAGUGCAUCACUAUAGAGAAUCUACAUUAAUGGUCAUGGUUUGAAUACUGCUUUUGUGAUUGAAAUGUAGAUUGAAAAUAAUUGAAAAUUUAAAAAAUGUUUGUCAUCUGGUUGAAUUUUUAGGAAGAUUUGUUUUGCUUCAAUAUCAUUCAGUUUUAAUUAUUCAACUGUUCAAAGCAUUAGUCAUUCUGAGAUUAUCAAUCUGUUUUAGUAUUGAAGCUCAUUUUGAUGGGUUUCUUGUGCUUUUUUGAAGUAAUGGUUAUUCUCACUGUUUGUUAAAUUUUUGCAUGUGUCGAUGUACAUAAUUUUUGCUUCCUAUUUAAAAUGUAUAUAAUUCAUUGGAUUGGGUUUGCAAGAUCACCAUCAUAAAAUGUGAUGUGAUUAUUAAUAAUUAGGAGUGGUAUGUAAUGUUCCAGUGUCAUUAAUAAAUUGGUAUGAGGGUGUAUUUAAAUUUGGUACUACAUACCUAAGAAGUAUUUGAUAAAAAGAAAAUAAAUAUUUUUGUGUAUAUAAUUUAAAAAAAAAGGGUUCUCAAUCCAUUACUAAAAAUGAAUGUAAUGUUUUAGUCAUUGCAAACUAAUAUUUUAAUAGGAAUGUACUAAAUAUACAGUUAAACCAGUGCAAUAAAUAAUGGGUGUGUAAAAUUAUUUAGAUCAAUCUGUUAAGAAUAGGUUUGUUUUGUAAAGAUCUUUUUAUUAUUCUGUAUCAACUUGAUGACCCUAUAUAAUUUAAAAAUAUAUAAUACCCAUAUAAUUUUUCCAAGUUUCAGAAGCAUCAGGUUUCACUGUAUAUUAAUAUAUCUAUUUACCUAUGUAUGUGUUAGUCUGUUUUGCGUAGAAAGAGACUUACUUGUGGAGGCUCUUUGAAUAACUGGCAAUUCACUGCCAAAAUGCAAGAUUGGGUUAGGGAGGAUGAAUAUAAUUUAUGAGAAACACUUGUCUCGAGUGGUGGAACGUUACGAUAAUCUGAAUUAAUCUAUUAUCAAUUUUUGUUUUAAGUCCUAACUUUUGAAAUUGUAGUGUGUGGUAGGAUUGAUAAGCAUAACCAGAUGACCUACACAGCAUUUUUACAGGAAGUGAGCACUGAAAGUUUGCGGGGCAAUUAAUGAAAUCUGCGGAAUUGUGUGCGUAUUGUGUACAAAUUGAUGCUGAAAUUUUGGGUUUGGCUAAUUAUGGGCAUAUAUUGCUUUUUGGUAUUUAUUUCAUUGUUUAUAUCUCCUUGCUGAUGAUAUUGAAAGAUUCCAUGUUUGCAUGGGUUUUGGUAUGUUAAAUCGUUGCUUGUGACAGUAUUCUGCAUUUUUGAGGACUUUCAUUUAUGCUUUUACUCAAAAACUACCAGUGCUGUCAGAGAUCACUUUGCUGGUGACUGCUUAUUGAUGAGUGAUUGGGAAAGGUUUCCUUCUACCAUUGAUUCAAAAUAAUUAGAUAAUGAGAAUUUGUGAAAUGAAUGGGGUGUUUUUUCCAUAGUAAAGACCAUUAAAAAAUAUUGUGGGCCACAGGAAAGUGUUGUAUAAUAUAUCAAGACUUCUGUAUUGAAUGCCCAGCAAGUUUUAUAUAUAAUACUUGCUGUUUUAUUGUUACGAUUGUACUUAUUGUGUAUCAUCUUGUGAAAUGUACCAGUUAUAAUCAGUAUUAGUGUAUUUCUGAUUUGGAGCACAAGUCUUUGUAUCAUAAGUAAAUCAUAAUAUUAUACUUCUUCCCUGCCAGUAAUAAUGUAAAUAUAUAUUGUUCAAAAUUGCUGGUUUCAUGAUUUUCUAUUUGUACAUAAGAAUAAUGAAUUAUAAUGUGUAGAUAUCUUAUUGUAAUUAUUGUGGGAUCAUUGUAGAUACUUCAUUAUGCAUAAACACUGGGUUAUGUGGUAUAGAAUUAUUUAUUUUAAUUCUAUCAUACGUUGUUAAAAAAUUGGAAGUUAUAGAAAAUUGUACAGCAUCAUAAGCUGUGUUGAAAAUAGCAAUUUGGGGUAGAUUUGUCAAAUAUUAAUUGUAACAGCUAAGAAGUCUACUUGACAUUGUGAUACCUAUUCAUUUCAGAAAAGAAUGGAGAAUUGUAGUGAGUUUAUGGUAAACUUGGUUACAUACAUAAUAUUUCAUUUUUUUUUUCCCACACAUCUAUUGAACUAGAAGUACAUUCCUUGAUUACGACUGUCAUGUUACAAAUGAAUAGUGAUGUCACAAUGCUUUGUUGGCUCUAUAGCAUUCCUUUGUUCCAAAAAAUAAAUUUGUUGAAGCAUAGUGUUACGUUUUAUUUGAGAAAUCUUACUUCUUUUUUUUUUAUCAUUCGAUUUUAUAUUUUCAGAUAAGUAGAUUUAAUAAUAGUUCCUCAUAUUGACUUUCUAUAAAACAAUACUAUCAAAAACUGUCAUAUUCAAUUCUAAUAGUAUCUGAUGGAGGAUGUUUACUUUUUCCCUGAGCAAGUGAUGAGAUGGUUUGCCAUUUUUUUUAAUGAAUGGAAUGGUGUCAUUGACCACAGAACCACCAUGUAAACAUUUUUGGCAUAUCAUUUAUGUGACCCUUAAAUCUAAACCUGACAAAAGUGCUCAUUUGUGCAGAAAUAAAUACCUUCUGCUACAGCAAACUCAUGUCCCACAAUGGAAUAAAAUAUGUUACAAAAAAUUGUAUUAAUGCCAAAGAAUAAUUUAAAAUGGAAAUAAUAUUGCAA